AUGUCACAGAGGCCAGUCGUCAUACACUCGGAGCUGGAUGUACUGGAGAGCAUCAUGAUCUGCUUCUUCCUCCUGGUUUAUUAUUUGUCAAGUGCAGCAUGCUCAGAGCUGCUGAGUCGUCACAGAAGGACUUGGAUAAUUGACUCCUUCACAAUCGAGGAGGGGCAUCCAGGACCCUUCCCGUAUGAGCUGGGCACGAUCAGUAUUGAGCGGGACCAUCGAGUAUACUUUGAUCUCUAUGGGGAAGGAGUGGAUGAGGAUCCAAAGGGAGUCCUCUCCAUUGAUAAAGAGUCUGGAAUCUUGUCUAUCCACAGGCCUGUGGACUAUGAGGAGAAGAGGUUGCUAAAGCUGAGCUUUGAGGCCAGAAAGGCAGAUUUAUCUAUUGAAACUAAAUUAGGAAUUGAGAUUUCUAUACUAGACAUCAACGACAACCCACCGCGCUUUCAGAUGGAUCUGUAUGAAAUCAGAAUUGAUGAGGAAAACACACAAGGCUCCAAUCUCCUGACUGUGGUGGCCUAUGACAGAGACGAGGCAGGGACACCAAACUCCACAUUCCACUAUGAAAUCAAAUCUGUGUCUCCAAACACUCCAGACACUGAAUUCUUCAUUAAUGAGUUUGGAACAAUUUCCUUUAAAGGAUGUUUGGAUCAUGAGGUGGCUGAAAUGUUCACAAUACUGGUGGAGGCCAAAGACCAUGGGGAAAUAGUCAGCCUGUCAAGUUCAACCACUGUCAUCAUUCAUGUGCAGGACGGCAACAACCACCUCCCAAUCAUCAGCGGACAAACGGGCACCGGCAGAGUGAAGGAGGACGAGACUGGGUCUUCUCCUCUGCGGCUGCAUGCGACCGACAAAGACACCCUGAAUAGCCCAGCGUGGAGAGCCAGGUUCACCAUACAGGGUGACGAGGGGGAGCACUUUAAGGUUGAAACAGACUCAGAUACCAACGAUGGAAUCCUGACAGUAGUAAAACCUUUAGACUUUGAGGAGGGAGUGCAGAGGGAACUGUCCAUCUCUGUUGAAAAUGAGGCGCCAUAUUUCUUCUGCAAAGUGAAGGAGAGGACGUCCUCAGGCCUCUGGACAGUAGGGACCAGUAAAGUGGCUGAACCUCACUCUGUGAAAGUCAUCAUCACAGUAGAGGACAUCAAUGACCCCCCAGUGUUCAGUGUGACUGUCAAAGAGGCCAUGCUGGAGGAGAACGCACCCAUUGGAACCUGGGUAGAGAGAGUGACUGCGGUUGAUCCUGACUCCAGUCACGCAAAAGAUUUUGUGUACAAGAUAGGAAGUGAUCCUGCUGGCUGGGUGGCAGUCGACCCCCACGCAGGCGACAUCACAACAGUCAAAACACCGGACAGAGAAUCUCCUCAUGUUGUUAAUGGCGUCUACACCAUCUUACUGCAUGCGGUGGAUAAUGGGAAUCCACCUCAAACAGGCACAGCUACACUGCAAAUCCAUGUGACUGACCAGAAUGACAACGUGCCGCAGCCAACAGUUCAACACAUGGAUGUGUGUGUGUCCGACAGCCCCACUACCACCAACAUCACAGCCUUUGACCUGGAUGAAAAUCCCUUCGGAGGGCCUUUCACAUUUGAGCUGCUGGGAGAUGUCAAAGGAAAAUGGAAACUGAAUCCCUCAUAUGGUUACACAGCUGGUCUGGUGAAGGAACCCGGUGUGUAUGCCGGACCACACACAAUUGAUAUGAAGAUCUCUGACCUGCAGGGGGAGUAUGGCGUUUACAACCUCAGUGUGACCGUGUGUGACUGCUCUGCAAUGGCCAACUGCCGAACCCACCGAGAGGGCGCCACGAGAGCUACCUCUGGUGCUUUCUGCUGCUGA